AUGACAUUAAGUGUGAGUAUCAUCCUGGCAGCAGGAUGGCACCAGAAGUAUGUACAUGCUUUCAAUGAUUUCAAGUGCCAUCCAACACCAUUGACAUCUUCUACACCACCUGACAAACACCCUUGGGCUCCAUUCAGAUUGUGGCUGGAGUUUGAUAUUGCUGAGCUUGCUCUGGAGGCCUGCCUAAAUAAUGGACAGACUGAUCGUCUUAUCAAGUUCUGUAACCAGUGCACUUCCAGGCAGGAAAAAUUCAUGUUCCAGAACCACAAAGACAUCCACAACAGGUGGGAUGCUGUCUUCCAUCGUGUCACUGGGUUUACUCAGGACAUAAUUUCUGUACCAUACAAUGAUUCAAUUCGACAAUUCAAUUUAUACUAUUGGGAUCUCUGGGAGUGGGUGGCUGAUCUCCUUCACAAUCCUCAACUGUUCCCACAUAUGGUUUUUAAUGCACAACAGUUCUCAAAGUUCGAUGGCAAGACUUUCAUACAUUUUGUAGACAAACCUUUCACUGCCGACACCUUUUGGAAUGUUCAAGUAUGUAUUAAUAUCAUCUGUGGCGAUUUUGAUUGCCUUCAUUUUGCCUCAUAG